AUGCGGGAUGGCUGUCUUCCCCGGGGGGCCCUGGGACAGCAGGGGACACCUCACGCCCUCUCUGCGGCCCUCAGGGACCCCGUGGGCGCAGGGAUCCAGGCUCUGCUCGCUGUGCUGGUCACCACCUCCAAGUGGCCGCUGUUGUCGAGGGCUUUCCUCAAACUGGCGGACUCCAUCACCUCCCGGCCUCCUUUCCUUCUCUACCGUUUCCCCCAGUUACGCCGCCCCGCAGCCGGAGGAGCCCGAGGCGCGGGCCGGCGGGGGUCCCCGGGGCGCUCCGGCCCGAGGCGGCGGGGCCACGGCGCAGGCAACCAGGAUUGCUUGCCACCUGCGGCGGCAUCUUUUCCGAAUCGGCGGCUGGCACGGACACGCUACAUGAGAAGCGCGGCCGGGCCCCGGCUCAGGUUCCUCUCCGCUGCCGUGGGCGCCUCGUCCCGGGCCCGGGGCGGGGCGUGUGGCGAGGAGCCCCAUCCGUUUGCGUCCAGGACCAGACAGCGUGGCCUUGACCCUGGAGGCCCGAGGCGAGGCCCCGAGGUUGGGAGCCCACUUCCCAGGAGCACAGCAGCCUCGACUCUCGCCCCUGGGGGCCCCCGAGGCCCAGUGCAGACCCCGGCGAGAGGGACCCCAGGCUUCUCUGGGGUUCAGUUCGGAGCUGGCACCGGAUUGCCCGGCGGGCGGCCCAGGUGGUGUGGCCCUGGGUGCGCGGGCGCUGGGUGUCGGGGGCAGCGCCCACCCAUGGACCGUCCUGAGGCCCCAGGUCCUCGCCGGGAUGCCACCUGCGGGGAAGGAGCAAUGGCCACCCGGACAGAAGGCCGGCCGGCCCCAGAGGAGGCGAGUGGCCCCGAGGUCCCCUCGGCCCCCGCCGGCCCUCCCGCGGCCUUCACCUCCAGCUUCAGCUUCAUCCGGCUCUCGCUCAGUUCGGCGGGGGAACGUGGAGAAGCGGAGGGCUGCCCGCCUGCCCGGGAGGCCGAGGACACGGGGGCCAGAGCCGCCAGCCCGGAUGGGCCCCGCCAGGACCCUGGACGUCUCUCUCCCCCGUUUGGUCUCAAGGCAGCUCAGGGCCCCGCGGACUCCGCCUGGACCCCGGCGGGCGGCCCCCCGCUGGAGGGUGAGCCACUUUCUGUAUUGGACGCAGACGCCGCCGCCUCCUGCUCCCCGGAUCCCCCAGGGUGCGAGGGGGCUGCUGGCCGCUGGGACCCGCUGCUCCGGAAGUGCGAGCCCCUGCUGCAGGGCUGUCUGCUCAGCGACCGCAGACGGCUGGAGGUGAACGCCUUAAGACGGAAGCUUCAGGAGCUCCAGGAAAAGGCAGUGGAGGAGGAGGAUUACGAUAAGGCGGAGGCGUUCAAGCACAGAUUGGAGGACCUGGAGGAGGAGGAGGAGGAGAGCGGCCUGCGGUUCCAGCUCCCCUCCAGGCAGCCGGCCCUCCGCAGCCUCCUGGUCCACCUGGGAGCCCAGGCCGAGGCCGCCCUGCGCCGGGCCGCUCAGCAGCCGGGCGGCGAGGACACCCAGGCCCCCCUCCGCAUGGAGCCCCCCGCUGAGGACCUCCCGUGCGCGUCCGUCCCCAGACGAGACCGGCUCCUUCAAGAAAAGCGGCAACUGCAGGAGGAAAUGGAAGCCCUGCAGGCCCGGAUGUCCGUGCUGGCAGCGCGGGACCAGCAGCUGAGAAGGGAGAUGGACCUGCAGCAGCAGCUCCUCCGGUGGCGGGACUGUGACCUGCGCCCCCUGCUGGACGGGCUGACCCCAGGCGAGCUGCAGGAGGUCCACCAGGCGGCGAGGGACACCCUGGCCCUGGCCGGGCAGAUCCCCCUCCCUGCAGGACCUCCCGAGACCAUAAGGAGCCUCCAGGAAAGGGUGGACCCCCUCAACUGGUCCCUGAAAGAAAUCGGCGCGAAGGUGUGCGGGACCCAGAGGCUGUGCGGCUCCCUGCGGAGGAGCCUGCACGAGAUCGAGGCCCAGCUCCCGGCGUUGCUGGAGGCUAAGAUGCUCGCUGUGUCAGGAAACCACUUCUCCACGGCCAAGGAGCUCGCAGAGGAGAUCGGCGCGCUGACCUCGGAGAGGGAAGGGCUGGAGGGACUCCUGGCCCGGCUGGCGGCGCUGAGUGCCAGGAACGUCGCGGCGCUGGGGGGCGUGAAGGCGGAUCACGGCCGGCUGCAGAGGGAGCUGGACCGCCGGAGAGCCGCCCACGAAGCCAGCGUGAAGGAGGAGGCCGAGAGGUACCUGGACGCGCUGGAGGACAAGCUGCGCAGCUGCACGUGUCCGCUGCUCCGGAGAGUGUGGGAAGCCGACGGGGAGGCGUGCCGCUUGCUGAUCCGGAGCCUGCAGCCCCCGGAGCCGCGGGGCAGCCCGUGUGCAGAGGAUGAGCGGCCGCCGGGUGACCCGGAUGGGAGCAGGGCCCCCCUGCAGGCACCCGGGGAGCGGAAGGCGCCCCCGGCUCCCUCUCCCCACCGUGCUGCCAGCGGACAGAGAGAGGAGCCGCCCAGCCUGUCCGCAGAGCUGGGAGAGCAGUGCGAGGCCAUCAGCAGGACGCUGCUGUGCCUGGAAGACCAGCUUCACACGGCCGUGCAGAGCCAGGACGAGGCCCUCAUUCAGUCCCUGCGGAGGGAGCUCCGGCUGGUGAAGGAGACCCUGCAGGCCAUGAUCCCGCAGCUCCAGCCCCCCAGGGAGGCGGGGGAGAGCGAGGCGGCCUCCUGUGCGGCGGCUGGUGUGCGGGGAGCGCAGGCCUGAGGC